AUGCCUUGCUGUGUUAUACGUUCCUGCUCUAGCGACAGACGUUUUUGUGAAAAAUCGACUAGAAUAACGUUUCAUAGAAAUGCUGAUGAACCCCAUAGAAUGAGGCAGUUAGUAAAGGUACCUUAUAAUAAACCACCACCACGACAGAGAAUGUAUAUAUCAAGAGAUGGAGUAGUUAGAGAUAGUAUAGUAGAUGGCAGUGUACCUACACGUAACCCAGCACCCGAAGACAAUCCUAAUGUCCUUCUAGAUGUUCAAGAUUAUCCUAAAACAUCUACAUAUGAACGGUCAAGAAAUUACGGCAUUAGCAGGAAGACUGUUCAAAACAUUUUUAAUAAAAAUAAGUUCCACCCUUAUAUAAUUCAAAACCACCAAGAAAUAGUAGAAGAUGAUUUUAACAAUUACAAUUAG